AUGGAAGAUCAAUUCGGCGGCAGGACCGAUGACGACCUCUUUUACGACGACUUCGAACCCGUCGAGAGCGAAACGGCCGACGUCCCGCGCCCUCAACAUACCGCCGAGUCCGCCUCCGUAGCCGACCCCAAGCCCAUACCAGCAAAACAGCCGCCGCAGCAAAGCCAGCCCGCGAGCAAGAACCCUCCACCACCAGGGCAGGCCUCGGCCUCGGCCUCGGCCGCGAACACGCCGUCAUCACCAGCUCCCAGCCAACCACGGGCCAAGGGCGCCGCCAACACCCUGUCCUCGUCGCGCUUCGCCCGCAAGGCCAGGAACGCCAGCAAGAAGCCGGGUUCUACGCCGCCUCCCCCCGCAGCGACCCGAAGCCCAUCUCUCCCCAAACAAGGCCAGCAGAAACAAAGCCAAUGCCGCGAGGAACCCGCCCCCGGGGACAAGAGCUCGCCGCCGCCGCCCAACGCGCCCACCGCCCCGGCGCGGGAUAAAAAACCCCCCGCGUCCUCCUCAAGCGCCGCCGCUGCCAACGACCCCGAAGCACGCCUCCAGUCGGGCGCCAACCCGCGGCAGAAGCUGACGGACGCGGAGCUGGCCGCCAAGAUGGAACAGAUGAAGCUGCUGGCGGCGGAGAAAACGCGCAAGUUCGAAGAGGCGGAGAAGGAUGAGAGGCAGCACGCCGAGGCGUACGCAAAGGGCAUGGAGGAGGCGCGCAGGCGCAAGGCGGAUGACGCGGAGCGGCGGCGCCGCGGGGAGGAGAACAAGCGCAAGCUGGACGAGGAGCGGGCCAAGAACCGCGAGCGCAAGCUCAAGGCGAUGGGUGCCAAGGAGGCCGGGUGGGACGAGGGCAAAGAAGCUGUUCUGGAGGCCGAGGCCAGGAGAGGGUUCCGCGGAGCGAAUGGCGGCGUCAGAGGAACCAAGCGAGGCGGACUUGGCGACAGCAGGUACGCCAGGGAAGGCCAAGAGCAGCCCGACGUAGACCGCUUCUUGGACGAUCGCUAUCGCCGCGGCCGAGGUGGUCGAGGGCGAGGUCGCGGUCGGGACAAUAGACGGGGCGGCUUUGAGGGUGGCCCAGACAAGCCGGCCGACAACAGCGCCGCCCCUGCGCUGACAUCCGACCAGUUCCCUGCCCUGCCGUCCGACGGGAAAAAGAAGAGCUCUGAUUCCGCCAUCGUGCCUGUUUACCCUCCUCAGCGAGCAGAGUCUGCGCUGACUGCCUCGCUAUCCACACCGUCGCCACUGGGGGGUAAAUGGGAUGAUGAAAUGGAAGCUCUCGAUGAGCUGAAACGGCAGGGGAAGUCAUGA